AUGGAUGAACUUAUUAGCAAGGUUGAGAUAUCAAUUGGUAGGUUAGGUGAGAAAAGGGAGUUUUUGGAGGGGCAGCGGAGGGGUUAUCUGGAGGUUCGUGAGCGAUUGUUAGCGUUCGAGGAUAGUGUUGGUAAUGGUGGAGCCGGGGAGAGGGGUGUUGUGUUUGGGGACGUUAUUAUAUCUUCGAGGAUCUACGUUAGUAUUGGGUGCGAAUAUUACGUCGAGCGGUCAGCAGCGGAAGCUGUGGAGUGGGUUGGAGGCAGGUUAAGGCAAAUUGAGGAUGCGAUAGAAGAUGUCAGGGGGAAUAUCAGGGGGGCAAAGAAGACGUUGGAUGAUAUGCGGCAGUGGGAAGGGAUUUUAGGGGGAGAAAGUGGCGAUGCUGAGUUUGGAGAUGAGGAGGGGUCCGGGGAGGAAUUGCCAUUUAUGGAGAUUAGAGAAGAGGUUGAUGAUGAGGGUAAUGUUAUUAGCAGCUCUGUAACGCCACAACUGCAUAGUGGUAGGAAUAGGCAUGAUGUUUGGCCGGAUGUGGCCAGCUACUCGGACGCAGCAGAAAUAGCUACGCCAGUAAACCGGAAUAAUGUGGUAGAUGGAUUGGAGAAUAAUGUGGUCGAAGAAUUGCAAGGAAAGACAGAAACCAAGCGUGAAUAUAGAAUGGGUUUGUUUUCUGAAAUGUCGCAACCGCAGGAUGAUGUGAACAAAGGCAAAUCAGAGACUGAUGAUGGUUUGGAAGAAAUUCGCGUCGCAGCCGUGUCAGAUGUGCGUAAGGAAAAGGAUAAGCGUGAAACUGUGUCAGAAAAUCAAGUUACGACGCCUGCGAAUUCAAAGCCGGAUUUUGUGAAUCCUGGGAUUCUCGCGAUUGAUGAGAAGGACAUCUAUACAUUCGAUGACAUUGUUGAGCAGCUGGAAAAAUAUGAUUUGGAAGAGUACGGAAAUGUUGAUUCAGCUGAUAUUAGGUAUAAUUUUGAAGACUAUAACAGAAUGUUAAUCUCUGUUACUGACCAAAAUGAUGAUCGCGAAGAAGAAAAAGAAGAACGGGAACGGGAAGAUAAUCCUAAUGUUAGUGACGAUGACGAUGACAAUGUCGAUGAUGAUGACGAUGAAAAUAAUGAUUACGAUUAUAAAUUCAUGCCAUCGUUGGUUCCUCGUGGUGCGUCGCAGGAUUCUUUUAUAGAACAGAUCAAUAAAUUACGUGCUGAAAAACUCUCCAAGCUGCAAGAAUCCAAGGUUUCUCACCCCAGAUCGAUAUUAAAGGAUUCAAACGUUAAAAAGAGUAAAAAAAAGAGUGUUGGGUUUGCAGAAGAAUUGGAGAUUUACGAAGUUGAAAAUAUGAGACAAGAGACCAAAGCCAAUACGUUCCACUUCCCACGCAAUCCCUGGAGAAAUCUAAACAGCUAUGAUUAUCCGGGUCCUUCUGAAGUUUCAAGCGACAAUUUAGACGAGGAUGGAUUCGAUAGUGAUUUAUUUGCCAAACUAAUUGGAGCUAAAGAGCCCGAUGAAACCCAUGAACUUCACGAGAAUGUGGAAGCAAAUCGUUGUACAUCGCGGGGCACAAAGUUAAAGAAGAGCUCCAGAUUCAAAACGGAAAGAGAGGCCCAUAAUUUAUCUUCUCUAGUUGAAGAUUCCACACCAGUAACUAGUGUACACGAGGAGGCUAUUAUAAAGGACGUAAUUGAACGGGAAGUCGUUGUCGGCGAUAUAAUUGAAAAGGAACAUUCAAUUGAAGAUGUAGUUGAGAAGGAGGAGUCUCUGAAGAUAGAUUCUACGGUGCCUGAAAAAACUGAGUUGUCUAAAUUCAAGAAAAACCUUCAAUCUCUACAAAAACCAAGACUGCUAAGGCAAAAACCUCCACCGAUUCAUUUUUCAGAUUCUGAGAGUGAAGAUGAUGAAGGUGAAUCGUAUCUAGAUAUAAAUGGCGUCACACCACCCAAAGUCGCGGAACCGUUUCCUGAUGCUAUCCAAGAUAUAAUAGCUAAUAAUAAGAAAGAAGUUAUCAAAAUGCCUGAUGUUGAGUUUCAAGCAUUGGCAGGUAAUCUAGAUGAUAUGGCUAGGGCGUAUAUCCUGGGCAUGUACGACAGUGAUAUCGAUGACCCAGGAACUGUUGUUGAAAAACUAAAAGAUUUAAAGCAUUACAACUUACAGGUGGAGGAGCUAAAGGACGAAAUUAAACAAUGCCGAGACUCCAUCAUAGAUAAUUCACCUUCGGAUGAAAAAUAUGACGAAGAUGGACCUAUGGUGUCGGAUGUUAUCGAACAUGAAGCUGCAACUACAGGUCUACAUGAAGACAAUGAAAAUUUGGCGUUACAACAGGAUAAACUAAUCAAGGAGGUUAGUCUAGAGUACCACAUGAUGAGGCAAAAAAUUCUAUCCUGGAGUAACAAUAUAGAAAAUGAUGACGAUGAAGCGCUCCAAUUGGAACCCAUAGACGAGUAUGGAAAUCCCAUAAAGACAAGUAGAUUCAAGGCUUCACAACUGAUCUCGCCAGUCUUUAAGCGCCUCUGA